GGGGAAGGAGGAAAGCGCUGGUCGAGUCAACGCCCUGCUGUAGCGCAACAGUUAAGCUAAUGUUGCUAGGUGUGGCUCUGUGAGUAUAAAUACAGCUCAACACUCUCCUUCUCCUCGCUUGCUGUGCAUUCGGUCUUGGUUGAGCUGUUGAGUUCCAGGUGCCAAAAUGUCCUUAGUCAGUUCUUUUCUUGAGCAGCUUGCCUAUCAGGGCAUGCAAGACAACACCGUACAAGACAUCACAGAGGGGCAGGGCACAGUGAGGCCUUUUGCUCAGUUUAAUGCAGCUGCGGAUGCCAGUGUCUUGGACAAGGCUAUCAAGGCAAAAGGUGUGGAUGAGGUCACAAUCAUUGAAACGCUGGUCCGCAGGAACAAUGCCCAGCGCCAGCAAAUCAAGGCUGCUUACCAGCAAGCAAACAGCAAGCCUCUGGAUGUAGCCCUGAAAGCUGCUCUUAAAGGUGAGCUGGAAGAAGUGGUUCUGGGCUUGUUGAUGACUCCAGCUCAAUAUGAUUGCUUUCUGCUCAAUGGUGCCAUGAAGGGUUUGGGCACAGAUGAAGACACGCUUGUCGAGAUUUUGGCCUCCAGGACCAAUAAAGAGAUCCGAGAGAUUAAACAGGUUUUCAAACAAGAAUAUAAGAAGGAUCUAGAGGCGGUGAUCAAGUCUGACACGAGUGGAGACUUCAGGAAUGCCCUGCUUUCUCUCUGCAAGGCUACCAAAAGUGAAGACAAGGUUGUGCAAGAGGACUUGGCUGACAAAGAUGCCAGGGCCUUGUAUGAGGCAGGAGAGAAAAGAAAAGGCACAGACUGUGGCGUGUUCAUUGACAUCCUCACUUCAAGGAAUGCUUCUCACCUGAGGAGAGUCUUUCAACUGUACUCCAAGUACAGUAAGGUGGAUGUUGCAAAAGCCAUUGAUCUGGAGUUGAAGGGUGAUAUUGAGAAUUGCUUGAUUGCUGUUGCGAAAUGUGCUGGAAACAAACCCGUUUUCUUUGCUGAAAAACUAAAUCAGGCAAUGAAGGGCUCUGGUUAUAAAGGCAAGCUCUUGACCAGAAUAUUGGUGAGCCGCUCUGAGAUUGACUUGGCCAAAAUCAAGCAAGAGUACCAGAGUAAGUUUGGCAAGAGCCUCUACCAGGACAUCCAGGAUGACACCAAAGGAGACUAUGAGGCAAUCCUGCUAGCUGUGUGUGGCAAUUAAUUGGUGUCACCUAAUGAAUGUAUACAGAUGAAGACCCACCAGCUAUCAAUAUAUGAAUUAUACACCCCAUACAAACAAGUGUAGUAGAAUGAAAAACAUUUUUGAUAAAUAAAAACUUGACUGACUGCA